AUGGAUGGGGCGUCUACAACCCCGCAAGACGGCCUCGUGGGCGGCGCCAAUGGCCACACGACCGACCUCUCGCAGGUGCUGGCCGCGCUGCAGGCAAUCUACGAGCCCAAGUCGAACAACGAAACUCGCCGCCAGGCUACCGAGUACCUCGAGCAGGCCAAGCGCCACCCCGAAGCACCUUCACACGGCCACACACUCGCUCUCGACAGGUCGCAGCCGGCGCAGCUCCGCCACUAUGGCCUCACCAUGCUGGAGUUCUCCAUCAGGUACAACUGGGAGGACUUCACCGAGGACCAGGGCAACGUGCUGCGCAGCUACGUCGUCGAGCUAGCCCAGAGCAUCGCCGCAGAAGACCCCGUCUAUCUGCGCAACAAGGUGGCCCAGCUGUGGACUGAGAUCGCGAAGCGCUCGUGGGGCGCCGAGUGGAUGGACAUGGACCAGCAGCUCGUCGAGCUGUGGCAGUCGUCGCUGCACCACCAGGCCGUGGUGCUGUACGUGCUCGAGACGCUGUCCGAGGAGAUUUUCAACCGUGAAGACCCCACGGCCGGUCUGCGAGGCAGCGACCUGGGGCGUGCAUGCGUCGAGAUUUUCACACCCCAAGCUGUGCUCACCGAGCACCUGCCGGGGCGCGACAAGAGCUUGAACGUGCGCUGUGGGGACGAGGGCUGGCUCCAGAGGCUGUGCGACAAUCUGUCGUGGUGUUUGUCCCAGGACUACCAGCACCAGGAGGCGGUCAAAUUAUGUGCUGUGAAGACUAUGAACGCUCUCCGAGCAUGCAUGCCAUGGGUCAUUCCGAAGGCGAUUGCCGCAGUCCAGGUCAUUGAGCAUGUGUGCAAGGCUCUCGCGGUGCCCGUGACCGAGCUUCAAGUGGCUUCAGUCGAUGUUCUGCAGGCAAUUUACACCCGUCAUCACCUCCAUGACGACGAGUUUGUAGAGCUCGUGUGCCCAAUGUUCACUCCUGGCAGCGUGUCGCUUCUGCAGGAAGUGUACAACUGGACGCUGGCCGACAUGGACAUCCAUAGUCUAGAUGAGAAGAAGUACAAUCUGUGCAAGAAACUCUCUGAGUUGGCUAACAGCCUCGGUCUGUUCAUCGAACAAAAGCCCCAGCAGGUUCCCGAGGGCAGCGACCUUCCGGGCAUCUUCCAGUUUCUAUACGACGUGGCACGCAAUCCUAGCUUAGUCGUGUCGAUCCCCGUGCUUCAUUGCUGGACCAAAUUACUGCGCUCGAAAAUUGUCCGCGACUCACCCGUAGUAACGAACAUGGUGGGCGGGCUGUUAGAGAUCUGCUGCGCACGAUUAAUACGCUACGAAGUGUUCCCGGAAGAUUCCGAAGACGUUACAAUUCUUUUCCUAAACGAAGAUAUCGACACUGUACCCGAGCGACAUGCUUUCCUCGGCAACUACCGAAGGUUCUGUGCCGAUGUCAUUGAUGUUCUCGUACGGCGAACACCCGUCGAGGCCAUGGAGCACAUACUUGGCCAGGCGACAAACACGUUCCACGGCCUAUACAACGAAAGCCCACCCUUCCAACCGCAAACUUUUACCAAGCAUUCGGCACCCGUACUUAAAGUAGAUGCACAAGUCACAAUUAUUGACGCAGCGUUGAAGGGCUAUCUAAAGUGGCUGUCUACCCAUGGAAACGAACCGCAAGAAGAUGAACGGAAACGUAACGCUAUGGAAGACUCGUUCGAACAGUGGGGUCGGCAGGUGCUGCAGGCGCGUUUCGAUGAUCCUGAAAUCGCCAAGAAAAUCAUACAACUCAUGUCGACAUUCUCGACUAAAGCGCUCCCUGACCGUCCCGCUUUUGCUCUUUCUUUUCUUGAAUACAUGCUUACCGUAAGGCUCGCGGACAACCCUGCCUAUCCACAGUAUGCCGAUACGGUGAAGGACCUUGAACGCAUAUGUAGCCUUGAGAUGCAGAAGCUUGCCAUGAAGUUUGCUGAUGACUUCAUGAAUGUGUACGAACAGUUGGAGAAUAAGAUCAACGAAAUGAUGGCCGAUCCUACGACUGAUGACCGUCAGCGCAUGGCCUACUCUGCGUUCCUGUUCAUCAUCGUUCACCGAUGCACUCAGUUGGAUCGUGAAAGCCAGGAGCAGCGCAUGCGGCAAAUGCUGACGCAGAUCAAGGACGCGUGGCAGAACAAUGAGUUUGCAACCUCGGUCUCCUCGUUCCAAGCCUUUUGCAGCAGCCUUGGAAUGGCCCAACUGCCAGAGUUUUUGUCUGCGAACAACUUCCGCGGCGUGCAGGACUGGUCUGAGCAGCCACUAAGUGGUGAUGGCCAAGCCAUGCAGGCUACCAUACUAGAUCACUCACAGCGACUUCCCCUCCGGCUCACAAAGACGCUCCUAGCCGCAUCUACCGAGAAGUUGCGCGACGGUUCUCCUGCAUACGAAUCGGCUGCCCGGUUAUGGGCUGAAGUUAUACCCAUCCUACUCCCGAACCUCCUCCAGCUCGUCAGCCAUGCGCAAGCUUUCAACGACAUCGACUCGAAUUGGUCCUACCUUCCACAGGACCUGCAGCAGGUCAUCCAGCGAGUCUUGACUGAUCGAUUCUGGCAGGCCGGCAUCUCGACCGAGAGCCGCGACGAUUUCUUCGCGCGCGUGAGUGGGUCAAAGUCGACAUACGAAGGCUUCGCAUCUACUGUUCGAGGUACCGUUCGACAGAUCCGGGAGAGCUCAUACUACAUCCUAUACUCGCUCACGCGGUUCCGAGAUUUCUUCUAUGGUAUAGAAAAUCUGUCUGGGCCCCUAAGUCAAGCGCUCUUCGGACACGCACACGCGUUAACGGCUCAUCACCUCUCCGUGCUUCUCACAGUUUCUACACAUCUCAUCGAAGGCUGCCCGUCACAUCUAAGGCCGCAAUUUCUCCCGGCUAUGAUACAGGGAUUGUUCCGUGAACUGAAUGGCAAGAUUACCAAGGAGUGGGAUGAGGUCAGUCAGCAGGUUGUCAAUGCCGGGGAGAACGACAACUUGACGGACGAAAUGAAGACCGAAAGCAUUCUCCGGCAACUCACAUACUCGUCAGUCACGCUCGUCGCUGUGCUGCUCGACUCACGGCAAGAAUUCGCCCGCCUCGACGACGACGCACGCAAAGACGGGCCCCCAAUCUGCGACUUCAUCCUUUCCUCCCCCGCCGUCCUCGAGCCCAUCCUUCUCUUCUGCAACACCUGCAUCCACGUGCGCGACACGCGCUCCGUCAACACAACCGUCCGCGUCCUGCGUACGCUCCUCCCGCGUUUCCGCGAAAAGUCACCCAUCAGAGACUACUUCUGCAACGAGCUCCUCAAAACCGCAAUCAUCUCCCUCCACGAGCCCUACUUCGUCGACUGCCAGAAGGAUCUUGCGAGCCUGAUUGCAGGCAUCAUCCACCUCGACGACGACAUCCCGCGCUCCAUCAUCCUGAGUCUGCCCGGUAUGGGGGACACGUCGCGCGUGGAUCGGAAGCUGGGGAAAUUGAAGGCUGUGAGUCGGAGUGAUGAGAGGCAGCAAAGGAGUAUCGUGCUGGAUUUGCUGAGCAGUGUGAGGGGGCUGAGCAUUCAGGAGCAGGGGCGGAUCGAAAGGAGUAAGCCGAGGAGGAAAACGAAGUUUGAGGAGCAGUAUAUGCAGGUGGAGCCAGGUGCGGGUGCGAUUGUGCGCGGGACGAGUCCGGGGUUGGAGGGGGUUGCGGGGAUGUUUGAGGAGUGA